AUGUUAGAAUAUCCAAAGAACACUAGAAACAUCAACGUCUUCUCUCGACAUGGUCAAACUGUAGCAGUCAUCAUACUGGCGCUUUGCUUCAAUUACAGUAUGCUAAAGAAGUCAGGAAUUCUACUCUCAUCACGCAGUAACCUGCAAUGCUAUUAUGCAUCAUCAUCCCAUAAAUCUACGACGUCACAAUCUUAUCUCUUUGCAUCCCAGAAUCACCAACCUCAACAUCUGCACCAACAAUGCCUGCACCAACGACGAACAUAUGCCAUAGUAUCCGAUGGACGAAGCGCAAAUCAACAUGGAGGACUACGAUGGCCCGAAUUGACCUCCGCACAUGCCAUUCCUACGCCCUACCAAAUUUUCAAUCAGAAGAAAAGUUCUCCGUAUUCUAAACGUCGCUUUUACGAAUUGGUCAAAUUGUAUCAUCCGGAUAAACAUGGCAUUGAUAUUGAUACCAAUGAGGGCUUAAGUUACGAUACGAAAUUGUCGCGUUAUCGAUUGGUUAUUGCGGCCAAUGAUAUCCUCUCCGAUGUCGUCAAACGCAGUGCAUACGAUACAUAUGGAGCAGGCUGGAACGGAUCACCCGAAGCCCUCGAUCCUCGCGAUAAACAUGGGGAAUAUAGAGGGUGGACGGGCCCCAACGGACCAAGCCAAAAUGCAACGUGGGAGGAUUGGGAAAAAUGGCAUAAGCGCGACGCAAAGGGGAAGCAGGAACCGAGAUUCGUAUCAAAUGGUGCGUUUGUGUGGUUGAUAGCGGUUUUUGUGGUGCUAGGGGGUUUGGGACAGUUGACGAGGUUCGAGGAGUAUGAGGCGGGGUGGGUGGAGAGGAGGGAUAGGGUGCAUGAGGGGAUGAGUAGGGAGUUGAGGGCGAGGAGAGGGAGGGAGGAUAUGGAUAUGUAUAGGGUGGGGAGUAGGGAGGAGAGGAUUAGUGGGUUUUUUUGGAGGCAGAGGAGGGAUUUGAGGGGUGAGGGUUUUGGGAGGGGUUUGCAGGUGAAGGGGGUGGGGGGAAGUGAAAGUCGGAGGGAUGGGGAUGGGGAUGGGGGUGGGGGUGGGAAGGGGAGAGAGAUGGUGGUUUAUCAGCCGCCGCCGCCACCGCCGAAGAAUAUACCGAAGGAAUAA